AUGGACCCGGACGCGUCGCGCGGGGGGGCGGGGCCGAGCGCCGUGCCGGCCACACCGGCGUCGGCCAAGACGCCAGCACGCGCGCGUAUGAUGCAGACGCCGGGACGCAUGCUCUCGAAUCCGUUUGCGACGCCGGCGCGCCGCACGGCCCUGCAGACGCCGGGCAGGACCGUCUCGCGUCCGGUGCGCACGCCGGCCGCUCCGGCGCCGCCGCAGCAGCGGCUGGUCAUUCACAAGCUCAUUUUGCAGGACUUUAAGUCGUAUGCGGGCCGCCAGGAAAUUGGGCCGUUUCACAAGUCCUUUUCGAGCGUCGUGGGGCCCAACGGCAGCGGAAAGAGCAACGUGAUCGACGCGCUGCUCUUUGUCUUUGGCUGGCGCGCGAACAAGAUGCGCCAGGGGCGCCUGAGCGAGCUGAUCCAUAACCGCGAGGGCAUCGCGGCCCCGCCCCAGUGCACGGUGGAGGUGUGGUUCCGCGAAAUCGUCGACACACCCGACUCGGAGGCGUUUACCGUUGUGCCAAACAGCCGCCUGAUUGUGGCACGCACCGCGAUGCGCAAUAACACGUCGCAGUACACAAUCAACGGAAAACGCUCGUCAUUCACAGAAGUCACGGCGCUUCUCAAGCAGCGCGGCAUCGACUUGGACCACAAACGCUUCCUCAUCCUCCAGGGCGAGGUCGAAAGCAUCGCACAGAUGCCGCCCAAGGCCAAGACGGAGCACGAGGAGGGGCUCCUCGAAUAUCUCGAGGAUAUAAUUGGCACAAGCGACCUCAAGCAGCCGAUCCAGGAACACGCACAGGCAGUCGACUCCGCCAAUGAGGCCCGCUCAGAGAAGCUGCACCGCGUCAAGAUUGUGCAGCGCGAAAUGGACCUCCUCGAGCCCAAGCGGCGCGCCGCCGAGCAGUACCUGCGCGACCACAAUGCACUGAUGCGACACCAGUCGGCCCUAUGGCAAAAGUUCAUGUGGCAGUCGCGCAACACGCUCGCCGCCGCCACCGCGGAGCACACGGCGCUCGACGCGCACUUUGAGGCCGAGUCGCAAAAGCACAGCCACGCCAAAGAGGCCUCGGCGUCGCUCCAAACCGAGCUCGACGCGCUCCACGCAGCCGGCACGGAGCUCGAAAAAAAGGUGCAGGCGCUGGCCAAGGACCUUGCACGCGAGGAAAAGCAGCACGUCGAGCUCAGUGCGCGCUCCAAGCUGCUGAACGGAAAACGCAAAAAGCUCGCGACGAGCCUCGCCGACGGCCGCUCAAGCGCGUCGGAAGCACGGGAUGCCGCACAGCAGGCGGGCGAGGAGCUCGAGCAGAUCCUUGCCGAGCUCGCCGCGCACGAGUCGUCGCUCGAGCGCGAGCAAGCGGCUCUGCAGACCAUGUGCGAGGGGCUCGAAAGCAAGACGCGCGUGUUUAACGAUGCGAUCGAGGAAAAGCAGCAGGAGCUCGCGCCGUGGGCCGCCAAGAUCCAGGAGCGCACGGCCGCGCGGAAUGUCGCACAGCAGGAGCGCGAGCUGCUGGCCGGGCGGGGCGACGAGGUCGCACAGCGCCGUAUCGAUGCGGAAGAGCGCUUGGGGGACCUCGAGCGCGAGGCCGAGGAACGGCGUGCCGAAAUGGAGCGCCUCACGACCGAGCACGAAUCGCUCUCGGACAAGGCCGCGGACGAUGCAGAGAUGAUCGAGUCGAUGCGCCUGCAAGAAGACAAGCUGCGUAUCAAAGCACAGACGGCCAAGCGCGCGGCAGAGGACGCGAUCGCAUCAGUGGAGUCGAAUCAGUCGCAGAACGAGGUGCUCAACAGCCUUAUGCGCCAGUCAGAGCUGGGCCUCUUGCAGGGCCUGCACGGCCGCCUCGGUAGCCUUGGCACGAUUCCCGACCGGUACGACCGGGCGGUGAGCACGGCGUGCCGUGCCUUGAAUGAUAUCCUGGUCGAGUCUGUCGAGGCAGGUCAGCAGAGCAUCGAGCACCUGCGCAAGCAUAAUGUCGGCCGCGCGCGUUUCCUUGUCCUGGAAAAGGUCAAGGAGAACACCAAGGGCAUGGCGCCAAUCACCACGCCAGAGAACGUGCCCCGCCUCUAUGACUUGAUUACGUGCAAGGAUCCGCGGUACGCGCGCGUCUUUUACUCGGAGCUGGGCGAUACGCUCGUCGCCAAGGACCUCGCACAGGCGACCCGCAUCGCGUACGGCAAGCGCCGCUGGCGCGUCGUCACCGAGGAUGGCCAGCUGAUCGACAAGAGCGGUACCAUGUCGGGCGGAGGCGGCAAACCGCGUCAGGGCCUCAUGUCCUCCAAGCUGAGCGCGGGCGAAAUCUCGCGCGAGCAGGCUGCGCGUCUCCAAAAAGACGCACAACUCGCGCAGCAGGAGCUCGAGAGCCACAGCAGAUCGCUGCAGCAGCUUGUUGCAAUGCACAGCGCGAGCGAGCAGCGUGGUCCCGAGAUCCAGCGCAAGCUUGCGAUGCUCGAGAUGGACGUGCAGGCUGGCGAGCAGCGUGUCGCCGAUGCAACGCAGCACCUCAAAGCGCUGCAGUCUGCACCGGACCGCAACGACAGCGACGAGGCGCGCAUCGCCGAGCUCGACGAGGAGCUCGACGAGCACGCCUCCGCGCUGGCCGAGCUCGAGGCGACGAGUGGUGCGAUCGAGCAGGCAAUCCGCGAGCUGCAGGAGCAGAUCCUCGAGGUCGGCGGUGUCGAGCUGCGCACGCUCCAAAGCAAGGUCGAAGGCGCGCGCGAAAAGAUCCAACUCGCUACCGAGCGUCAGGCCAAGGUCGAGCUCGCCAAGUCCAAGGCGGAGAACGAGUUGAAGCGCUUCGAGAAGACGCAUGCGUCGAGCGAGGAACAACUGCAAGCGAUCGAUGCAGAGCUCGAAGAACUCCAGCAAAAGAUCAGCGCGCAGGAAACGGCGACCGAUGCGGCACGCAAGGAGCUCGACACGGCGCGGUACGAUGCGGACGAAAAGAGCGAGGCACGCAAAGAGCUGCAGGGGCAGCUCGACGAACACACCGACUCGCUCCGUGUCUUUCGCAAGCUCGAGGUGGAGACCAAGCAGAAGCGCGAGGACCUCAGGCGCCGUGUCGCCGAGCACGAAAAGCAGCUGCGGACGUGGGAGGAGAAACAUGCCCAGCUCGAACUGCACGACGUGCCCGAGGCAGAGCAGGAGGCGGAGCAAGAAGGCGACCAAAGCGAGCAAGACGAGCAAGAAGGAGAGCAAGCGGCCACCAAGGCCGAGGAUGAGGGAGAGGCCGAGGACGUGGCCCGCUCAGCCUCGGCGACGCCCCACGCCUCGCUGCGCCCCGAGUCGACGCACCUCGAAGAACUCGAAGAAGCCGCGCUCGAGGCGCUCGAUGCACACGCCACCGAGGCGGCCAUGUCUGAGCUCGAGGCGCGCAUGGCCGCGCACCCCAUCAACAUCGACAUUCUUGACGAGUACCGCAAGACCGAGGAGACGUUCCUCUCGCGUGCCAGGGACCUGGAGCAGACGACCGAGGCACGCGAUCAGGCGCAGCAGCAAUUCGAGGCGCUGCGCAAAGAGCGUCUCGAGCGGUUCAUGGCGGGCUUUUCGCAAAUCUCGAUGAAGCUCAAGGAGAUGUACCAGACGAUCACGCUGGGCGGCAAUGCGGAGCUCGAGCUGGUCGACAGCCUUGAUCCGUUCAGCGAGGGCAUCAUCUUUAGCGUGAUGCCGCCCAAGAAGAGCUGGAAGAACAUCAGCAACCUGAGCGGUGGCGAAAAGACGCUGAGCAGUCUCGCGCUGGUCUUUGCGCUGCACGCCUACAAGCCCACGCCGCUCUAUGUCAUGGACGAGAUCGAUGCUGCGCUGGAUUUCCGCAAUGUGUCGAUUAUUGCCAACAUUAUCAAAGAGCGCACGCGCGGCGCCCAGUUCAUCAUCAUUUCGCUGCGCAACAACAUGUUUGAGCUGUCGUCGCGCCUCGUGGGUGUGUACAAAACGGCCAACUGUACCAAGAGCCUGGCGAUCGACAAUACGGACCUACAUGCGCCGGCCGUGCCCCCGUCGCCAGCCAAGGUGCUUGCGUCGCCGACCAAGGCGAGCGGAACGCACGCACCGCUACUGUAG